AAGAUAUCACAAUGGUCAUCUGCCCUGGAAUAGCUAAUCACAGUGAGAAGCAGUACAUCAGAACCUUUGUUGACUAUGCUCAAAAGAAGGGCUACCGAUGCGCUGUGUUAAAUCACCUUGGAGCCCUCCCAAGUAUUGAACUGACUUCGCCACGCAUGUUCACUUAUGGUUGCACCUGGGAAUUUGCUGCUAUGGUGACCUACAUCAAGAAGACAUAUCCUCAGUCCAACCUUGUUGUUGUUGGCUUCAGCCUGGGUGGAAAUAUAGUGUGCAAAUAUCUUGGGGAAUCCCACACUAACCAGGAACAGGUGCUCUGCUGUGUCAGUGUAUGCCAGGGAUAUAGCGCAUUGAGGGCACAGGAAACCUUCAUGCAAUGGGAUCAGUGCCGGAGAUUUUACAAUUUCCUCAUGGCAGACAACCUGAAGAAAAUCAUCUUGUCUCACAGACAAGCUUUGUUUAGUGAAUCUUCGAGAAAGGUACAGACUUUAAUGGAAACCGAUCUAAGCAGGCUUCACACAGCAACGUCUCUCAUGCAGAUUGAUGACAGCAUAAUGAGAAAAUUUCAUGGUUAUGGCUCCCUGAGAGAAUAUUAUGAACAAGAGAGUUGUCUGCAUUACUUGCACAAAAUCUUUGUUCCCCUCUUGCUGGUUAAUGCUGCUGAUGACCCUUUGGUUCAUGAUAGCCUCUUAUCAAUCCCAAGAGCCCUCUCAGAAAAACAGGAGAACGUCAUGUUUGUUUUACCCUUGCACGGGGGCCACCUGGGAUUCUUUGAGGGCUCAGUCCUUUUCCCUGAGCCCCUCACUUGGAUGGAUAAGCUUGUGGUGCAAUACGCAGACGCCAUCUGCCAGUGGGAGAAGAAUAAAUCUCAUUGCUCAGAUACGGAACAAUCAUCCGGCCAAGAAUAAAACAAUCCCAAAGACUUUUCCAGGUUGUUUCCGACUUAGUUCUCAUCUUCUUCCUUCCUUCCUUCCUGCUUUUUCCCAGGCCAAGCCUGGCCAUCUUCAAUGUAGGCAUUUGACCGCCGUGUUUCAUGCCAAAAUAGAGGUAGAACACAAGAUGUUGCUGUUUGGAACAGUUUGGGAGCAGGCUGGCAGGCAACGCAAGGACAAAACCCGUCCGGUCUCUUGAGAGAGGCGAGAUGUUCCAACGCUUACACUUUUCACUGUUCCAAGAAAACAAGAGUAACCUCGUCUGGUUGUUGUUUUUGCAAAACUUUGCCUAGCGAGAUAGAAGUGUACUUUCUCUGUGGUUAUGUUUCACCUCGUUGCCACCUUAAGGAAAGGGAAAACUUUCUAUAUCUGCGGAAGAAACCGAUAGAAUCAUCUCUGCGGGGGGCCCAUCGGUGCAGCCGUUUGCAAAGCAGGGGAGAACGAUGGGGGAUUUUGAAUCUCCAGGGAUCUCGCCCACCCGCCCCCUCGAGGGAGGAGGAACCUCACUCUUCGGUGUUUUAAUGCAUUUCAAGGGUUUUCGAUGGCUUUGAAAAACGUUUGGAUAAUCCCAGAAUUCCUGACUUGAGUGCAUUCAAUCACAAGCUUUGCUUUCCCUCAGUGAGGCUAUCCAUGUAGGAAGCCUUGGGGAACUCAACAAUAGAUUCAAACAAGUAGCCUUUUGACCGUUGCUUUUUCUAAAACAAGGCGUUCUAUUUUGAGAUUUAAAAAAAAGUCAUGAGUGCUCCUAACCCAGGCCUUUUAAUACUGUCUGUAAGUGAAAAACCAGUGACCAUCGAAGUCUGUAAGUUGUCUGUUGUUUUUUCUUUUAGAGAAUUUUCAUAUGCGAAGGAUGGAGAAAAUAAAAUAUCCAAAUUCGCCUCCCCAGCAUACUACUAGAGCAGUGCAGUAAGAUUUUGAAAGCCACAAUUGUCUUGGUUUAAAGAGGUAGAUUUUUUUUUUAAUGUACUAUAUGCCUUAACUAUUAGUGGCUUCUGCAAUUCCCCGUUUCCAAAGGUGCUCAUUUGAAUUUUCAGCUUAGUGACAUCAAACUGAGAUUGGCAAUUUGGGGCGAGAUGCAAUAAUGCAGAUACUGUGGAGAAGCAGGAUUUUUGCUGCUGUAGGGUAGAGAAACAGAUUUUAGUACUGAGCAAUCCGAGCGUGGGAAAAAAAGCCACAUCUUUAUUCAGAUAUACACACAGACACACCCAAUCGGAAGUCUGGAUUACUUAAGACAGUGAAACGUUGCGAUUAGGCUAUUUUUCAACUGCAGUUUGGUUUUGAACUGUCGGUUCGGUGUUCCUUCCUUACGGCAUAUUUCAGUUUACAUUUGAAGAGUCAUUCCCCCUGCAUUAUAAUCCCUAUAAUAGUUAGCACUUUAUUGCUUUUACCUUUUAUUUUUGCUGCCUGGACACUUUACUUAUAACCAGCAUUGUUUUAUUUUGUUUUUUAAAAACUUGUUAGUCUUUCUUGAAAAUAGGUGUAUGGGGUAUCUUCCCCGUCAGUUUUGAGAUUCUAAAAAGUGUAACUUAUGUCUGUGAUGAUUUCUUUCUUGUUUUUUUUUUUUAAUUGAGCAAUAAUUGCCUGUAUCAGAGGGUUCUCGCAUCAGGAAUCAAAGUGCUGAAGGCAUUCUUGACCUGUUCAACAGACUCUGUGACUUAAGCGUAAUAAAUGAAUUCCGAUUCUAUUUUGCUCUCACAUAGGAAGCAUUGACCACAUAUUUUUAAAAAAUUAAGUUUCUCCCCCUCCUCCAACCUCAUGGUUGCUUAUCAGUCUUCUAAAUUUGCUUUCUUAAAGCAUUUCUUGCUACUUUCCUGGAAACCAAAUCCAAGAUAAGCAUAUGAUUUUAGCUUCAGAAGAACAUUUUAAUGAUCUCAAAUGCUUAUUUCCAUUUAAGUAACAACCCCCUCACCACCGCUGGUUUGAAUUGUUUUCUUUGCUGCAGUAUAUAAAAUAGGAAUGAACAUGAUUUAUUUUUCAUCAACUGAAAGAUAUAUUAAAAAGCAGACUAUAAGAGCCUGACAUUAUUUCUCAUCAUUUCCGUCUUCAGGCUAAUAACUUUAUUUAAAAUAAAUGUAAUAAAGUUAGGCUUUUUCUAAGUCAAUUCCUAAUAUCUUUACCUUAAUGGCUGGGAAUAAUAUAUUUCAACAACCCUGAAGGAGCAUCAGUUGAUAAAAUAAUUGCUGUGGAUUAAAAUUAUAAAAUUCCUUGCAAAUAAAGGCAUUUACUAGCUUUUAUGCUGAAGAGACUGUGAGAGUAGAGUUUGCCUUUAUCUUUCUUUUUAACCAGGUGCAGAUUUUGUGUGCAAUAAGACAAGAAAUUUAAUCCUUCCUUGUUUAAAUUUUGGUUGCAAGGUUGUGCAGUUGUGUAAUGUAGCAAUUUCAAUGAGGAUUGCUUUCAUGACUUAAAUACAUUUAGAACUAUUCAGCCCUUUGGAAAAUAAUUUUUGCUUGCUCCAUACUGUAAAUGUAAUAAGACUCUUUACACGUCCCAGCUGUUAUCAGGAAAAUCAAAACUUUUUAGUAAGUCACACAGUCAAAGAAAUGUCUUUUAAGUCACAAAUUUGAUCUUUUCUGCUGCAUCAAUGGAAAAAAAAAACCAUAUUAAAUCAUGGUAAAUUCAAUUCUAAACCCCUCUCCUCCCCCUUCCUUCCAAAAAUAAUUAUGUAAGGAAUUCUGGAAUGAUGAGAAAUUGACCAACAAAAGAUAGUUGCCAAUUUAUAUACCUAGGUGACAUUAAACCUCCUUUUUUAUUUUAGUGAAACAGAAUAUUGCUUGAAAGUUCUUGGAAACAAAUCAGGUUUUGUUUUUCCACCAUCUAUCUUAAACCCAGUUAAAAGGAAAUCUCUGGACAAGAUCUUUUUUGAGGGAAUUUCUUUGCUUUGCAUCUUCGGAAUUUGGUGGUGGUUCCUCUGAAGAUUUUUUAUUUUCAUACUGGAGACAUUACUGCUGAUAUGUUUUGGGGUGAGCCCGUCGUACUUUUAAUGAAGGAUGCGGUGUUGAGAAUUGUAUGAGCCACCCCACCCCACUCCCAAAUGAGCUGCUGCAGCCCAAGGGUUCAUCUUGUGUCAACUUUGCCAGUUGACCAAAAGAUAGAAGCCAAUUCUUCCGUGGCAACCUUUGUGCUAGAAUUAAUGUCUUGGCAGCUUGUCUUUGCGUUAAAGUUAGCCUUGUGAUGGGUCAAAUGAGCAUUUCCCAAGUAUAUGCUACUUUACAAGUGUUCCUUAGGUCUACAUGUAAAAAAAAAAAAAAAAAAAGGAGUAGCCAACUAAUAAGACUGUAUUUCAGCUUCCAUUCCUUUUCCAUUUAACAAUUGCUGAAAUUCAGCCACAUUAUCUCUGCCGUCUUUAAAAUAAGUACUGUAACAUUGGUGCAUUUAGUCUCUGGUAGCUUCAUCUGUAUAUUGUUGUUGGUUUUUUUAACCAGGGCUGAAAAUUAUGGCCCCAUCCUUCCAGGGAUGGAACUGCUAUUCCCAUAGCAGCUAGAUCAGUGCCUGCUUGGCUCCAGAAACAUUGCCUAUUUCUGAUAUUCCGAAUUUCUGAUCUAAAGGCGUAUGUGAUCCUGGUUCCCCAGGAUCACACAACCUACUCCAUAUAUAAUCUAUUAGUCCUAGAUACCUGCUUGAUGUGCAUACGUGUGUCAAAUUAAAAAAAGGAAAACAUUGUUUAAAAGCACACGUCCCAAACUGUCUCACACAUAGAGAGACCAAAACACGAGAGCGUUUUUUUUUUUUUGCUUAGAUUGCAUUGUUAGAAUGAUGUGAGCUCAGUUAUUGUUCACUCCCUUUAGAUGUUCAAGAAUGGAGCUUCCAGUCCCUGGGUGGGGAUUUUUAUCAUAGGAAAAUACCUCAACAAGGCAGCUUGACUUCCAAUCGGAAUGAAUACCCAGGCAGUAGUAGUAGUGAUAAUAAAAAAAAAAAA